ACUAGGUUAACAAAUUAGCUGUGAAGUCGAGACUCUUUUAGCUUAAGCAGAGAUUUCAUCAGAGGGCGGCCAUCGUCUUUAGUCAAUCAUGGGUCAUUCCAACGUCUGGAACUCUCACCCCAAGACCUAUGGCCCUGGCUCUCGCGCCUGCCGAGUGUGUGGAAAUCCUCAUGCCAUUAUCAGGAAGUAUGGACUCAUGUGUUGCAGACAAUGCUUCCGUAGCAAUGCCAAGGAAAUUGGAUUCAUCAAGUACCGCUGAAGAACGAAC